UUGUUCAUGAAUGAUGAAUAACUUAUCAUUUCUUUUAUUGUUUCUUUUUUCCAUAUUACUUAUAGCUUUAAUGCUAAUCAAUCGUAAAAUCUUCUUUAAAGUAUAACUGAUAAAUAGACAAUUACUUUAACAUUCAAUCACUGAUUGCCUUAGUAGUUACAUGGUAACAUACAACUUUGAUCUUUAAAACAAACACUCCCCCCAACAAUUACGUUUCUUCACAGUAUCUAAUAUUGAUUCAAACAUAAAUCAUCAUAGCUGAUGCUCCAUUACGAGUAAAUAGGCUUAAGUAAGUAACUAACUAAGUCAAUGUAACAUCAAACAAGUUCAUAAUCAUGACUGAAGUUCUUCCUAAUUCAUCAAUAAAUGAAAAAUCAAAACAAUCAAUAUUCAAUCGUAUUAAAUUGAUUCAACGUUAUUUUUCUAAUUCAACCCUUCAGUCUAAAUCUAUGGAUAAAUCAUCAAAAUCAAUAUUAACAAUUCAACAUAAAACAUUGAAUGAUAAUCUAUUACCUUGUCAACAGAUUACAUCAUCAAAAUCUAAUGCUCAUCAUCAUCAUCAUCAUCAUCAUCAUCACCAUGAUAAAAAGCAUUGGACAAUGAAACAAUUUAAAAAUUAUAUCAAAAUUAACCAUAGCAACAAGCAUCAACAUAAAUCAACGACAUUAACUGUUAUACCUACAAAAGAAAUGAUUACACCUUAUUCUUCUUAUUCAUAUAAUUCAUAUACAAAACAAUAUCAUACCUUGAAAGAAAUUUCAUCUAACAAAAAUGACAUGAUCAAUGUACAAACUUUCAAAUCAAUCGAUGAUAUUUCAUCAUUACAACAAUCAAUUUCAUUAAGUUCAUUAAGUUUAGAUGAUGAUGAUCAUGAUGAUGAUGAUGAUCAGAAUAAAUCUUAUCAAAAAAUAACUAAUCUUGAUGAAAUGAAUGAUGAAAAUAUGACUGUAUCCAAAUUUGUUAAUGAUAUUAUAAAACAAUCAGAUUUAGAUAAAAGUUGGUUAACUAUUGAUUAUGAUGAUGAUCAUCAUCAUCAUCUUCAACAACAACGAGAACAGCACCGGCAGCAACGAGAACAACAACACCAACGGGAACAACAGCAACGGGAACAACAGCAACGAGGACAACACCAACAAGAACAACAACACCGACAAGAACAACAUCAACAACAACAACAACGAGAACAGCAACAACGAGAACGACAACAACAACAACGUCAAUUAUCAAUGUCUGAUAUCUAUCCAAUAUGUACAAGUCAUGAUCCACUUAGUGACUCAUUGAAAUACUUUACAUCCUUGUCUUCUAAUAUGUCAAUUAUAAAGAAAAAAGAAAAAAAUUUUAAUAUUUUCUUAUCAAUAUUAUCGAAAUGUAACAAUAAUAAUUAA